CCGCCUCCCACGCCCCUUCCUCCGCCCCCGGCCGGCGUCGGAGCCAGCCCAGCCGGACGCCCGAGGCCUGCCCGCAGCCGAGCCGUCCGCGCCCCGCACCCGGAUCAUGUGGUACAUUAGUACUCGAGGGAUCUCCCCUCGGGUCGACUUUGAGGGGGCCCUCUUCUCUGGCUAUGCACCUGAUGGCGGCCUCUUCAUGCCCGAGGAGCUCCCAUGCCUGGACAGAAAGACCCUGCAUGCGUGGAGCACUCUGUCUUACAAGGGCCUGGUGAAGGAGCUGUGUGCCCUCUUCAUUGGCCCGGAGCUCAUCCCAAGGGAUGACUUAAAUGAUCUGAUCGACCAUGCCUUCAGCAGAUUCCGUCACAAAGAAGUGGUCCAUCUGUCCAGGCUGAGGGACGGGCUGAAUGUCUUGGAGCUCUGGCAUGGGGUCACAUACGCAUUUAAGGACCUGUCCCUGAGCUGCACGGCGCAGUUCCUGCAGUACUUCCUGGAGAAGAGGGAGAAACAUGUCACCGUGGUUGUAGGAACUUCUGGGGACACAGGGAGUGCUGCCAUUGAGAGCGUCCAAGGGGCAAAGAAUGUGGACAUCAUUGUCCUGUUGCCCAAGGGUCACUGCUCCAGGAUCCAGGAGCUGCAGAUGACGACAGUGCUCAAGGACAACGUCCACGUGUUUGCGGUGGAGGGAAACAGCGACGAGCUUGAUGAGCCCAUCAAGGCUGUGUUCGCCGACGUGCCUUUUGCCAAGGAGCACAAUCUGAUGAGCUUGAACUCUAUCAACUGGUCCCGGAUCCUGGUGCAGAUGGCCCACCACUUCUUUGCUUAUUUCCAGUGUGCAGCCUCCUUGGACACGCACACUUUGCCCACCGUGGAGGUGGUUGUGCCAACAGGGGCUGCUGGGAAUGUCGCAGCGGGGUGCAUUGCUCAGAAGAUGGGGCUGCCCAUCCGCCUGGUGGUGGCAGUGAAUCGCAAUGACAUCAUCCACAGGGCGGUCCAGCAGGGGGACUUCUCUCUGUCUGAGGCUGUCACACCAACCCUGGCUUCAGCUAUGGACAUUCAGGUUCCCUACAACAUGGAGAGGAUCUUCUGGCUGCUGUCUGGCUCCAACAGCCAAGCGACAAGAGCACUCAUGGAGCAGUUUGAAAAGACACAAAGAUUGACCCUCCCUAAGGAACUACACAGUAAGCUCUCAGAGGCUGUGACAUCUGUGUCCGUGCUGGAUGCGGCCAUCACCCAGGCCAUGCGCCGCUGCUGGGACGAGAACCAGUACUUGCUGUGCCCGCACUCAGCCGUGGCUGUGAGCUACCAUUACCAGCAGACAGACGGACAGCAGCCCAGCAGCAUUGCCCGCUGCUGCCUGGCACCUGCGUCUGCAGCGAAGUUCCCUGAAGCUGUCCUGGCGGCAGGUCUGAGCCCCGAGACUCCUGCCGCCAUCCUGGCCCUGGAGCAGAAGGAGACGCGCUGCACCCUGCUGCGGAGAGCUGAGGACUGGACGCUGCGGCUUCGCUGCACCAUCGAGGACCUCAGCCGGAGGUGGAGUGGUGGUGCCCUGCGGGUCGCCCAGUAGCCAGCAUAAUGUUAUGGCCUCCUCCAGGCUCUGUGUCGUGAGGACGCGCACCCUCUGCCUCGGGGGCUGGUGCUGGCCAGUCAAGGGGAGUAGGGAGGGGUGCUGUUCUGCUGGUCUGGCCUCAGCUGAUUUUGCUCUGUUUUCCUCGCUUCCCCAUGUGCCCAGGGGCUUUGGAGCCCGGGCCUGGCUGGAGCAGGGGAGGGGGCUGCUCUGCUAAUACAGACUUGGGACUCACCAUCCCUGAGCCCCUUUCACUGCACUCCAAAACCAGAUCCAGCAGUCAUGGCACAGCCUGUUGGAGGCUUCCAGUGCCUGGAAUAAAAGAGCUUGUUUGU